GUCUCAAAUGAGCAAUACGUUUUCCUUUCUAUGUCUUACAACUUUUCGCUACUACCUGCUUGAAAACGAGGUUGCAGUUCUUUCCGGUUUUAGUUGGGCUGGAGGUCGGUUUAUUCUUGUUAGUUCUCGUGCUCUACGUGCAGCAAAAAUGUCGUCUAAAGUUUCACGUGAUACGCUCUAUGAAUGCGUGAAUAGUGUAAUUCAAAAUUCACAAGAGAAAAAGAGGAAAUUUUUGGAAACUGUGGAACUCCAAAUUGGUUUGAAGAAUUAUGAUCCACAGAAGGACAAACGUUUCUCAGGCACCGUCAAAUUGAAGAACAUUCCAAGACCAAAGAUGCAAGUUUGUGUUUUGGGUGAUCAGCAACAUUGUGAUGAAGCUAAGGCUAACAAUAUUCCAUAUAUGGAUGCGGAAGCAUUGAAAAAAUUGAACAAAAAUAAGAAGCUAGUUAAAAAACUAGCUAAGAGGUACGAUGCCUUUUUAGCCAGUGAAUCUUUAAUCAAACAGAUUCCUCGCAUACUUGGUCCUGGUCUUAACAAGGCUGGUAAAUUCCCUGGUCUUCUUUCUCAUCAAGAAUCAAUGGUAGGAAAAAUUGACGAAGUCAAAGCCACGAUCAAGUUUCAAAUGAAAAAGGUAUUAUGUCUGUCGGUUGCUGUAGGACACGUGGAAAUGACUCCAGACGAACUGGUGCAAAAUAUACAUCUUUCAAUUAAUUUCUUGGUUUCAUUAUUAAAGAAACAUUGGCAAAACGUUCGUUCUCUCCACAUAAAGUCUUCCAUGGGACCUCCUCAAAGACUGUACUAAUUUUAUUAGUAUAAUUAUACAAAUGAAUAAAAGAGGAACAAGACAAAUUAUGUUGUAUUUCUAUUAUGCGUAAUAUCCUGCAAUGUGUUUAUAAAUUAUUGUAAUAAAACAAUACGUUCAAGUAUCGUGCACGUAUUUCUAUAGACUGAUAAUAUUUAUACUAAUUGUAAAAUCAUAUACAUUAUUAAAUAGUAAUAAUAGGAAUAUUGUUUAUAAACAAGAUGUUCUUUUCGUG